AGAUACUGUAGUAGAUGAUUACGACUGAAACGUGAAUGGCGCAAUCGUGAAUCGAUCGAUGCCCACCCUCUGCUGCCGAAGCCGCUUACGGCCGCAAGGGUCAAGCAGUCACGAAUGCCGUGACAGCUCAGCAGGCCUUACAAAUCAAGCACAAUCACCAAGUCUGGAUAAGCCGGACCCGUGUAAAUCGCCUACGAUUCUGACUGGAGAGGCAGCUUUGCUCGACCUCGUCACACAGCAUCGUGAAUGACGCAACUUGAUGGCCCUCCUGAAUGUCGACGUGACACGAUGCUGCUGGAACCUCUCUCGCAAACGAUUAUAAAACACGAGCGAGCAAGUCCAAAUCGCUUUUGCCGACCGCUUUCCCCGACUUGCCCUAGUUUCUUCACCAUCCGCGCAAGCAGUUGGCGCGCAAAGUAUAUUCGAAGUCCACGCCACCACGGUCAAUCGCAUCAAGAUGACUACCGAUCAAUACACACCCACCUACAUCCUCGUCACCGGCGCAAACGGUCUCUUGGGCGCAGCCAUCAUCCAAUCUCUGCUGGACAAGAAGCUACGCGUUCGAGGCACCGUUCGCUCUCAGCAGCGUGUAGACGAACUGAAAGCCGCUUUUGCAGAGUACGACGAGACGCGUUUAGACUACGUCAUUGUGCCCGAAAUUACCGCCCAAGGGGCAUAUAAUGAGGCUGUGCAGGGUGGUAUCGACGGCAUCAUCCACACCACGUCUCCACUUCCAACGCACUUCAAAGAGAGCAUUGCUGCGACGGGCAAUGCGAAAAGCGGCCUGGACUCUGCGAUUGAGGCUGCCAAAGGCAUCGUAUCUAGUGCAGUCGAGACUGGCACAGUCAAGCAUCUCGUCUUGACAUCUUCGGUAGGCGCUCUCACAACCUCCUGGAUUGAUGAGCGCAACACCACCCUGGGCGCAUCAGACUAUGGCAAAGCGACCUACGAGCAGAUCGCAGUGUCCGACGAUCCCAGCAUCUCCUAUAAGGCCUCCAAGGCGCUCGCGGAAAAGGCUGCGUGGGCGACGCUGAAAGCAGCUGGCGAUCCGUUCCGAUUGACGACCAUCUUGCCUGGUGCAGUCAUCGGACCCGCACGAAUCGGACCUCCCACGACCAGCACAAACGCGAUCGCAUACAGCUUGGCAACCCAAAAGUCUACCGCUAAUCCCAUCACCAAAGUGCCGGCUUACUGGCUGCCCUGGGUAACCUUGCCAGAGAUUGUCGAUGCACACGUCACAGCCCUUGUGACGCCCUCGAGCUCUGGCAAGCGCUAUGUGCUAGCAGGCAGAAAUGUCACGAACUCGGAAUUCCGCGACAUCCUUCUCAAAAGCGUGCCAGGUGCCAAAUCCGAAAACACAGUCGAGGAGACUUUCGACGAGAGCACCGUCAAGUGGGAUCAACAGCUCGCACUGGACGAACUCCUUCGCAAGCCCAAGUAUGAUGAUAUCACUCCAAUCACAGCGUCUGUCCUCAAAGCGAUAGCUACGGCUCCAACUGCCGCUUGAAAGACCAGGCGAUUCACCCGCACGGUAAAGUCCACAGGCUGCUCACCGGGACGUGUAGCAGGCAGACAACCAUAUCUGUAUGUUCUUGUGCGCCUAAACUUUGUUUAGUCAAAGGGUUGCUACAGCGGCUCUCUGCGUUGGAAAAGAUCUUUUCCCGUCUGGCGCUUGUCCCACCCAGUCUGACUUGCUUUCGGCUCGGACGACCUAGAGG